AAUAAAUCAUAUAAAUAGUGCCGUUCAGCUUCAUUUAUCCAUCCACCAAAAACCAGAAGUUGUACAUUCCAACACAAACAAUAUUCAACUCACGUAUUUGUACGAUCAUGGCCGCCACGUCAUUUUCAAUCUCGAAUAAUCAAUCGAUCGGCCGUAGAUUCUCCGCCGUCCUUCACUCGCCGGGCCACCGCACUCUCCGCCGCAAUCAGCUCCGCUUUUCCGCCAGUUACACCACAGCUGAUAGAACGUGCCAAGCAGCCCGGCAAACGGCGUCGUUAUACCAAGUCCUGGGCGUGCAAACAGGUGCCACGUGUCAAGAGAUUAAAUCAGCGUACCGGAAACUGGCCAGAGUUUUGCAUCCUGAUGUCGCAUCCGUCGGCCCGGAAGGCGACACGUCGGCCGCGGAAAAGUUUAUCCAAGUGCACGCGGCGUACGCUACUCUUUCCGACCCGGAGAAACGGAUGGUGUACGACAGCUCACUCUUCCGUCAGCGGCGAAGGACGGCGGGUCCGUGUUAUUCCGAGUUGACUCGGCGGGGGCAGACUUGGGAGACAGACCAGUGCUGGUAGGAAAUGACCUUUUUAGACAUUAUUAAUCUCGGGGAAAGUAAUUGGUUUUUGACAGAGAUAUAUAUUAACGUAUAUCUGUUAUUGUAAACUUAAUUCCGUAAAUUAUUGGUUAAAAUUACUAUUUGAUAGUGGCACUUAUGUAAAUAAUGUUGGGUGCGUACGCAAAUUUGUAAAAUUGAAUGCCGGUGGAAUUUUUUAAGAUUUC